AAAGCCACCCUGUUUCUCUUUGGAAAAUGGAUCUGAUCUUCUACAGAAGCAACGGCGGCAAUCCGUUCUGCGUGGAAGUGGGCUACUUCGACACGAUCCUGGAAAUCAAAGAGAAGAUCCAAAAGGAGCACGGCUUCCCCGUCCCCAUCCAAACCCUCGUCUUCAACGGCGCCAUCCUCCGCGACGACCUCAACGUCCACCACUCCGACAUCCUCGACCGGUCCCGCAUCCACCUCCUCCUCCCCCCCGACCACCCCCCCUCCAAGCUCCGACUCCUCUUAAAACUCCCCUCCUCCCCCAAGCUCGUCGCCCUCGACAUGGACGCCAAGGACACUGUCCGCCGCCUUAAGGAGAGAAUCAGCGAGCUCGAACUCUUGACUGCCCCCGUCUCCCGUCUUGUGGUCGGGAACGAGCUUCCCGACCACAAGACGCUCGUGGACUGCGACCUCGGGCAUAAUUCCGAGGUGGCGGUGGGGCUCCGGGGAGGAGGAGGAGGGGGGUUGAGGGUGGUGGCGCAGUAUGGGGCGGAGAAGGUGGGGGUGGAGGUGGGGCCCGGGGAGAAUGUGGGGGAGCUGAGGAAGAAGCUGCAGAAGAUGAAUCUGCCCAAGGAAGGGUACUUCUUCAUUUUUAAGCAGAAUGUGAUGGAUGAUGAUCGCUCUUUCCGGUGGCAUCAUGUUGGCCAGGGGGAUACCAUUGAGAUUUUUAGUGGCAGUGUUUCCGGUGGUUCUUGACUUUGCCUCCUUAUUCUUCAUCAACCAUUUAUUUCCCCUUUCUUGAUGUUUUUCUCACACUAUAAUGGAUUUACAUAUCAUUUCAAUGGAUA